GACGUUUGUUUGCAGUCCCCCCCUAUAUCAUCGUGUCCAGAUGUGAGCUCCGAGUUACAGACAACUCACUAUCAGGGAAGACUGUCACUUCUUGGAUCUGUACAUCCAACACAGCAGCAGAGAUGAACGCAAAAUAUGUCCUGGCUCUGGUCCUGACUCUGCAGGUCUCCAUGAGCCUGUGUGAUCUUCCUGCACCAUCACAGGAACUUGUAGACAAAUAUGAAGCAAUGAAAGCUGUCUUCUACAAGAGACUCCUGACCGCUUAUACCAAGAUACAGGCUGCCGCCACUCCUUUGGUGGAGUCUGUUGGCGAAAGUGACCGCGGACAGGCUGCCAGGGAAUUCGUCGGAGAUCUGCAGUCUAGGCCUGAGCUCCAAGCUGUUGUCAAGGUUGCCAGCGGUCUGGGUACAGAGGCAGGUCCCAUGGUGGACAGAGCCCGUACAUCAUUGCUGAGCCUGUACGAACAGUACCUGCGCCCCUACUAUGGCGACGGUCUGAGCAAAGCCAUUGACCAGGUCAAGGUCGUCCUGGACGAAGUGCUGCCCGCUGAGUAAAGAUCACCAACUUGAACGAACCGCCUUUCAGCAGCCUGUAAUAGAUGGUAGCUUUUAGAAACUACACCAGUUUAGUCUAAGAAGAGCAAUGCACAUUGCAAACACAAUUCUUUGACUCUUUUUAAAAUCAUCCUCUUUUGCCAAAUCGUGCAGAGUCAAAAGCGUGGCAACAUCAACUAUGCAAAUUGUGCAUGUACAGUAUUUUGUGUUUGAUACACUAACAGAAGUCUGUGUGUGACUGUGUAAGAAUGUGUGUGAGUGUGUUCAAUAAAAUGAACUGAAAACUA